AGGCUAUUAGAACCUUCAAUUCCUGAAAAUCAUGUAAUUUGUAAAGCCUACUCCUCAGUAACAGGUGGUCAGAAAAAGUCAAAAAAAAUAUAUGUGGAACAUCUGUUCAAGUACUAAAUUUGGUACAUUUAUUUUUCCUCUAUGUCAUUAUAGUACAUAUUUAAAAAGAAACUACGAGACCUCGAUUUUUUGUUUGACUUCCCUACUGUUCCUAAACGGCUACGAUAUCCGUAAAUAUUUUUACAUUAAUCAAAUUAAAAUCUUUUGUUCUUUUAAUGGUACAUAUAUUUUGCAAAUCGAACAAUAUUUUCUUUUCUAAUAUAUCGAUUUAUAGAAAUUUCGUGCAACGUGGUCUGCGCGGGAGGUGGCGCGGGUGCGGGCGGCAGUCUGCUGCUGGCAUUGAGACGAGGAGGUUGUGUCGCUCGGUGCCAAAUUUGCCAAAGGCGAUAAAGCUUGUUUACUCUUUGCACGUGUGCGUUGAAACAAUACAUUUUUGUAAGAGUGUGACUAGAGAGUAGUGAUGUGAUCUGCGCGUGGACGCUAAAUGUACCUACCCAUGUGGUGUUUUUUUUACUUUUAUGAACCUUAUAUUUUUAACUGAUUGUUUAUUUUAUUGUUACGUGCUUAUAGACACUUGAUGUAUUUAAUUGUUUAAACUGCUAAGUAUAGUAUCAAAAUGCCUCGAAAAAGUCAAUCGAAGAAAAAACGGGCGGAGAAAGCAUUGAAAAUGCACACAGUUAUACGAGCAAGAAAAAAAGUAUCCGCAACGGAAGACAACGACAAUGAUUGCAGUAAAAUUUCACUAAACAUACUUAAAGACUCGAUUCAGACAGAAACGUCUUCAGAACCAGUCCAGUCUCCAAGUGUCUCACAAGUUCAAGAUCCAAUACCUACACAAGACUCGGUUGAACACCUAACGAUUGAAAUUUCCUCACCACAAAAAUUACCAAGCUCAUUCGUUGAUGGUCGGCGUAUAAUUGAUAUUUGUUAUUUCUAUACACGAUUGCAAGACAUUUCUGAACAUGGUUCUAUGAAUUGUGGCUUAGGUUGUGUUGAAAUUGUAGGAGAACGGCAAGUUGGACUAAAUUCUAAAUUUACGUUGAAGUGUAAAAUGUGCAAUGAAAGUUUUUACUUGGAAAAUAAUCCUCCAGGAGAAAUAAAUAUAAACAGCUGCGCAGUUGCAGGAACAAUAGCUAUAGGUUGCGGACACUCCCAACUUCAGGAACUUUCUGCAGCUUUAAAUUUACCUAUAAUUACACCAAAAACAUAUAAAGCAUGCCAUUGCAAGUUAACAACGUAUUGGGAAAAAGUUUCCAUAGAAUCCAUGAAUGCAGCAGCACAAAAAGAAAGAAAUAUGGCUUUGGCUGAAGGACGAGUGGAUAAAAACGGUAUCCCAAUAAUUGAUGUGAUUGUAGAUGGAUGCUGGUGUAAAAGAACAUAUAAAAAAAAUUACUCAGCAUUGUCCGGAGCUGCUGCUAUAAUCGGCAGAAAGUCUGGAGAGGUGUUGUUUUUAGGCGUGAAAAAUAAAUAUUGCUCCAUAUGUGCACAGGCAGAAAAAUCGAAUAAAGUAGCAAAACAACACAAAUGCUACAAGAAUUAUAACGGCCCGUCUACAGCCAUGGAAUCCACAAUCCUGGUUGAAGGUUUCAAGUGCUCCAUAGAGAUGCAUAACUUGAUUUACGGAAGAAUGGUAUCAGAUGGGGAUUCCAGUACACAUGCACAUCUGUUAAAAAAUCGACCAUAUUCUCAUAUAACUAUUGAAAAAAUCGAGUGCCGCAAUCACCUACUUCGAAACCUUUGCAACAAACUGACAGCUUUGCAAACUGAUACAAAGUUUAUAUUAAAACAUCGCAAAGUGAUAACUCAAAAAAAAAUUAUGAUCCUGAGAAAAACUGUUCGAACAAUCAUAAAGACACAUAAAGCGGAUUCAGAAUCGGAGCGAAGAUGUAACAUUGAAUUAUUGUACAAUGACCUACUUUUGGCCCAUUUACAUGCCUUCGAUGACCAUAGCAGAUGUAAGCCCAUUUUCUGUAACGUUGGCGACUGUGAACCACAAUCUACAGAAUUUUACACUUGCACACUUUGGUCCAGAAUUUGUACGUUGAUGUCCAAUCUUGCAUCACACGCCCCCAGCUUGAUUCACGAUAUUGACAGCAAUACGGUUGAACGAUAUAAUAGUAUAGUAGCAAAGCUAGUAGGAGGAAAACGUAUAAAUUUCAGCAAACGGGGCUCAUAUCAGACAAGGUGUCACGCUUCUGUUGUGUCAUUUAACACUCACAAAGUGAUAUCCUCAGUCUACAAAUCCAUGACAGGUCGCAGUCCUCGGGGGAGUAUUAAAAAAUUAGAAACCAAUAGAAUGAAAAGAGCAAUGCUGAUGAGAAAAUUUUCAAGAAAGAAAAAUAGGAUGCUUUUCGCCAAGGGAGAAGACAGAAACUACGGAGAUAAAUGCGAAAAGCCAGAUAUGCCCUCAGAUAUAUUUGAAAAAGAGAAAGAUACGUUUUUACAGACUUUAGUCAAAACAAAAGAAGAAAAACAAAAAAUAGAAAGAGAUACUGUACUGCAGAGCUCUUGUAGCGAAUGGUUAGAAUUACGGCGCAAAUUAUUGACUGCGUCCAAUUUCGGAAAAGUUAUAAAGAGGCGCAAUGAUGUUAGCUGUCACAAUAUUGUCAAAGACAUCAUUUAUAAAGGGUCUUUAUCACACAUUACAUCCAUAAAACACGGAAAAGACAACGAACAGACGGCGUUACGACAAUUAGAGGUUCAAGAAAAUAUAAAAAUAAAGUCUUGUGGUCUUUAUAUAGACGAGGAAUAUCAUUUUCUUGGAGCUACACCCGAUGGUGUGAUUGACAACAAAACAAUUGUUGAAAUUAAAUGUCCCUUGAGUGCCUAUCAAAAAGACAUUAAAACAGUUGUCAAAAGUAAUAAGCUCCCGUUUUAUAAAUUAAGCAAUGAAGAUAAAUUAAUUAUAAAUAAAACCCACAACUGGUACUAUCAGGUGCAAGGGCAAUUGCACAUAACAAAGAAAACAAAAUGUUUAUUUGCAAUUUGGACAGGGGAUGACAAUAAACUAAAAACAGAGAUUAUUUUGAAAGAUGAUGAAUUUUGGUUGAAUGUGAUGAAAGAAAAAUUGAUAACUUUUUACACAGAGUGCAUGCUGCCAGAAUUAGUUGAUCCAAGGAUCCCACGAAAUAUGAAAAUCCGGGAUCCUGUUUAUAUACAGGAAGCAAUCGACAAUAAAGCGGCAAAAAUUAAACCGAACGAAAAAGAAAAUCAAAAGAAAAGUAAUAAAAAUACAGAUGCUGAAAAAACGAAACCAUUAAAAAGAAAGUGUGAAAAUAAACAAACAAGCGUAAACCAUGCGGGUAAUAUUGAAACUGAAGCCACAGAAGUACAAAAUAAAAAGCAGAAGAUUGAAGAAAAUCUUAAUACUGAACAUGACCCAUGUGAUCACGAUCAAAGUUUACCAGUUCCUAAUACUAAUUAUUUAUGGUUCGAUAGCGAUACAAGUGAUGUUGUGAGAAAAUUAAACUUUACUGAAUUUUAAUUAGCGAGUUUCAUUCAAAAUAUCCCAGCAUCUCUAGUAUACUAAAUAAAAGUGCUAAUGCAGGCAGGUAGGCAAGGUAUUACAUAUAGGGUAUAUUAAUUACUUUGUGGUUAUACCUACCAUAUAAUUAUGCUUUAUAGCAAAUAAAAAUUAUAUGAGAUGAACUUAUAUUUUAUAUCAAGUAAAACAUAUACCAAAUGAUCAUUAUGCCUCUUUACAAUAUUAAAUAUGUAAAUUCCAAAUAAAAAAUAUAUCAUAGGAGCGGUAUGUCAAUUACAAAUUAAUUUUUUGUUAUUAUUUCUAGUGAUACCCAUCCCAAAAAACUGAUAUUUAUUUAUCGUAAAAGUUCGAAAUGAGACGCACAUAUUUUUUGUUAUUAUUUCUAGUGAUACCCAUCCCAAAAAACUGAUAUUUAUUUAUCGUAAAAGUUCGAAAUGAGACGCACCCCAAAUAAAUGCUAUGGCGGCAAUGAAACUAUUUAAACUUUCAAUAUUUAGACACCGACAUCUAACAGACGACAUCUAUCAACUCAAGUAAUAGGCAGUAAUGUGUAGAACGCGCUUCUGUUCUUUCUGCGGCCGUGUAUUCUUUGAGCGGUGUUUUCGUGCGGGGAAGGCGGCGGUGCGCGGGAAGUGUGGGCUCAAAUGUCCAAGGCCAUUGAGGACUCUA